AUGAAUCAAAGAAAAGCAUAAUCAAAACAAGAAGCAAGAGCAAAAGUAGAUUCUGGAUUAAAUAGAGCUCGAAAAUAAGAUUAGAUAUAAAAAAGACCAGAAUCAGCUGUUCAAUCAUAAUCGGUAUUAUCAACGUAACAGUUAGGGAGAAAAGGAAUUAGAAAGUGAAUAAAAUUUUAUGUACUAAACUAAUAUGAGUGAUAAAAUGAACACCAUUGUUUAAGAUUACUUAUUAAAAUAGAAUUACUUAAAGACUUUAGAACAGUUUGAAAAUGAAUCUUAAUACAAUCAUUAAAGAAUUGGCAGUUAAUAAGAAUAUUAAAUGCUUCAAUACUUUGAUAAGGGAGAUAGAGAUAGUUUCUUGAAAUUAUGGAAUUAGCAUCUGCCUUAAAAUAACAAAUAAGAUUAUGACUUAUGGAAAUUAGAAUUUUAUAUUUAAAUCUACUUUCUAAUUUAUCCUAUUCAUCCUUAUUUAUCAAAGAAAGGGUAAAUAGACAAAUAAUCAGUCAAUGCAUUUAAGUAGUUUCUAGAUUCAAAAGGUAUUAAUUGAAUUCUAAAAAUUUUAGGUGAAGACUUAUCAAAAACAAAUGAAGUUCUUCCAUUUUAUGCUUUGCCAUAUGUAUAAUAACCAUAAAAACAUUAAACAUUCCAACAUUUAUUUACCACUUAAUGGGUUGAAGACUUAAAAGACCGUUUAAAAGAUUUCACCUCUUAAUUAUUUUAAAAUGAAUAAAUCACUCACUUAUAGAAAUUAGUUUAACAUUAUGAAAAUUAGCAUUAACAAAUUUCUCAUAAUAAUUAUUAGUAAUAAGAUCAUUAAAAAGAAAUAAAAAGAUUAAAUGAUUAAAUUUAAAAAUUGCAGAAUGAUAAUAGUGAAAUUAAGUAGAAGUUGAAUCAAUAAGUAUAAGCAUAUCAAGAAUUGAACAAUCAUGCUGAAAAAAACUUUACUGAAGCAUAAUAAAAAUGGUUUUCUUUAUGUAAAGAAUUAAUGGUUGUAUCUAAGGAUUUAUAAAAAUAUAUAGAUAAUAAUUAAUCAAUUCAAAAUUAAUAGAAGAUUCAAAAUUUAAAAAAGAAACUUCUCUAAUAUGAAAAAUUUCUUAAUCAAGAUUUUGAAGAUUUGAUGAAUAAAUCAUAAGACAUUUCACUAUUUGAAAAGGCUAGUAUGGCUGAAUAAGAAAUAUCAAACAUAACUAAUAAUUAAUGUAAUAAUAUAUAUUUAAUUAAAAUAGAAUUACCAACUCCUAUUAAAUCAAAUCAGGUUGAAGAAUAUGUACCCUUGAAUUAUCCUAAAAUAAUUUAGUUAUUUACAAAAUCUAAUAAUUUUUAGCAUGUUGCAAAUGUAUUACAAGCUUUGAGAUGGAGAAUUACUAGAGCUAAAAAUGCUCUCUAAAGAAGAUAAGUUGUUGUGGCUUAUGCAACUCAUGAUAUAAUAGGAACACAUUCCAAAAAUAUACUAUUGGCUUAAUAUUUAAUUUUAAAAUCUCAUCCAUUAGUUUAAUGUCAAACUUUAAAAUUAUUAAAUGCCUUAGCAUCAGAUUAUCAUGGGAGAUCUUAUUUAACUUUGAAUCCAACUCUUAUUAAAUUUUUAGUAGAUUUAAUUAAAAAAGAGUAAUCAGAUAGUCUUAUAAGAAAAAAUGCUAUUGGUGCCCUAUAAAAAAUGUCAUUGAGAAAAUAGAGUCAAACAUUUAUGCUUGAAAAUAACAUAAUUUAUCAUACAUUGAUAAUUCUUAAAAAUGUAAAAAGUAUUAUACUAUUUUAGGAAUAAAACAAUCUAAGUGAAUAUACUUAUGAAUAUAUUACAGCAUUAAUUAUGAAUUUAUCUUUAAGUUCCAGAGGAAAAGAUGAAUUAAUUUAGCAUAAAGAACUAGCAUUUGAAGUCCUAUAUGAACUUAUUGAAUAUCCAAAUGAUUAAAUUAGAACUUUUACUAAUGGAACAUUUUAUUCAUUAUUCAGUAGAAAAAUUAUCAGAGAUUAUGCAUACAGUCUACAAAUUCCAUAAGAAUUACCAAGAUUGUUGGAAAAUUCAGAUGAAAAAUUCAAGAAACAAAUUCAAUAUAUGAUUGCCUAGUUACAAGCUGAUGAGGAUGAUUAUGAUUAAUCUUAAAUGGAAGAGGAAAAUGAUGUUGAUGAUCUAGAAGAUGAAGAAGAAGAAUGUAUAGGAGAUGAUGAUGAAGAAGAUGAUCUGAAUAAUUAAGAUAAUAUAGUUGGAGAAGAAUUAUUAUAAAAAGACUUUGAAUUAGUUGGAGAUGAAGCAGAAAAUCAAAAAUUAAUCAUGGAUUCUAUUAUUUUGAAAGAAGUUCAGCAGAGAAAUGCUUAAUAAGAAUAAAUUAGAGAGUCUUAAUUAGAAAGAAUGCCUGUCGGAUGUAAUACAUAAUUAUUUCAUUAUUAGAAAUCCCCUUUUAUAAUGACACAAAUGAUAAAAAAUAUAAUUAAAAAGCUCAAUAACAUCAAAAUUAAUAAAAAUAAUCAAUUUAAGGAUAAGGAAUAUAAAACAUCAAUUACAAUAAUGAUAUACAAGAAUUUGCUGCAAAACCUAAAAUUCCUAGAACUCCUCCUGGGGCUUCAAAAAAAUGA